UUAUUGCAUCCAACUAACGGCAUACUAUACUACGUUACAGUUGAAACUGUUCCAUCGUUGAUUUUCGAAAAAAUAUUAUUUCAAGAAUGACAAGAUCUUCCUUAUAUAAGCGUUUACAGUAAAGUAAUAAAAAUGAGCAAUUUUACGUCUCCGAUGCGGUGUAUUUCUCCUAAUGCAAGAGUUUUGGCUGCCAAACCUCAAGUGGAACAAACGCUGGACAUAAAACAGUCCCAGAGUAAAGCGAGAAACAGUAUUACAUGGUUUUUCGUUAAUACCUCUUUGCUUGGAAUUCUAAUCUUUGACAUAUUAUAUGGGGGUGCAGCAUAUAAACCAUUUUGUUGGGCUGAAUGGUGUUUGGCUUCGAUAUUUGCGCUAAAUGCUCUUUACCAUAUAACCCAAUACGCGUGGGCGGGUUUCACUGUGCGACCGAUUUCCUUAAGUCCGAAACAAAGACGUUUAUUAGGAGUGUCCGAGGAUGAUCCCCUUUUUAAGGACCAACUUUCGUCGCCGCAGAAAACAUCGGAGUCACCGUUUCCAUCAAAUUUAUCGUGUAUAAGUCUCAAUAGACGGAUGGCUUCUUUGGGCUCCCCGGGAUUAAGCGAAUCUAAGGACUUUUCAUCGUCUAGUCAAUUCUUCAAGUAUGGCAGUCCAGCGUCGCAAAAGUCUGCAUCUAGCCCUAACGGAUCAUUCAACAAAUCUCUCAACGUUUCACCAAACGGAAGCUUAACCGGCGAAGAUUUGAUUCAGAGCGAAAGGGAACUGCAAAAUUAUUUAGAUGAAACUCAUCAAAGGAAGCAUGUUCUAGCAACAGACAUAGAUCAACCUUCUAAUUUACUUAGCUCGUUCUGGUCACAUCCAGCAAUCAGAAACCCUGGGGAAGUUUCUCCGUUAUUAAGAAGAUGUGCAUAUCAAUUAGCGCCUAUCAUUGAUAAAUCAAAGUCAACUAGUCCUGGUACCGAAGAAGGAAAUUCACCUAGAGGUAUAUUCGGUGCACCGGAUGUUUGGAGAAAAUACAGAAUUGAUCCAAACAAAGCAAACGAAUGGACAGCUAAUCUCCGUAUGUGGAUCAGUAAAACAGUCGUUGAACGAGUAGCGAAUGAAAUCGAUAACGUCUGUGCGGCUCUGGUUCGUCAUGGAUUGAGCGAUUCUCAACCAGGUACCGUUGGACUGGACAGACUAAGGAAACUAGCCCAAGCACCGUUUUUGGUCUCAGCUAUUCCUACCUUACCAACUUUGGUGCCUUUUUUGGAACUUUCUAACAAUCAAGAGUAUCUUGUCAAAAGGAUCAAAACACUCGCGAAUGGAGGUUCUAUGAGCGAAUUUAAGUGGAAUGGCGGAGGGUCGUAUAAUGGGAAAGAAUGGGAUUCUAGUUUACCUACCGAUUCAGCGAUAAUUAUGCAUUUAGUAUCAACGUAUAUGGACACGCAACUGGAAGCUCCUCUAGAUCAACCAGAUGCACGACCCUUUACGUCAAGAUACAUGGCCAAAGCUGGCAUGACGUUACCACGUAGUAAGGGACCCAUAAUAGUGUGCCAAUCUAUAAAUCCACCGCAUUAUAGUUUAGCACCUUCCGGAGAUGCGUCCCCGAGCGAUUACGAAGAAAUACAACGCGGUAGAAACAACUUGUUUCAUACGCUCCUGUUGUUUCUGUACAUAGUUAAGACGAGAGAUAAUGGUAUGUUGGGUCGGGUUAGUUUAGGUACGUCGGGUAUAAAUGUUCUAUGGGUAAUUGAUGGUUGAAUAUUGCAAAGACGCGGUAAUGCCUGACAGCAUUAAUUGAAAAUUAUUUUUUUAACUAUACGCGUUCAAUUAUUUUGUACAGAAUCUUGUAAUAAUGAUUAAAAUUGUAAGUAUUGUAACAGCGAUAGUAUGUCUGUUAAUCAGAACGUGGAAAAACAGAAUAUUGUUUAAUCAUUUUGACACUACGAACGUUUUAUUCACAGUACUUACGUCUAUGUACAAAUAAACCGUAAAUCACGAUCCGUAUCGAUCGAAAUUGUCAUCAACUGAGACGCUGUAAUACAGCGUACAAUUGCUCUUCUUAUUUUGCGCUUUACAAACCUUAAAGUGUACUUAUUUAAUGUGCACACGUACACGAAACAUAACAAGAACCGCAGAAUGCUCCGCAGAAUUUCAUUAAAAUGGAACGAACCGAUUCGAAUAAAUGCGUGAACCUAAA